UCGCUCCAAAAUCGCUCCCAGAAAUCGCUGAUCAGAGUGGACUCGGCUUUCUCUGUUCUUUCCUUUGUUGGAUUUUGGAGGCCGUAAUGCCUCGUGAUAUCGGCGAAUGAGGUAGCUCUGUACGAUUGCGGUCUCUGUACCGUGAAUUUUUUCGCCGAUGAAGGGUUUCCCUGCUUCGCUUUUGCUUCUGUUCUUGUUGGCUUUCGCCUCUUUCAGCUGGGUUUUGGCUCUGCCUCAGCAUGAGGUACACGAAGCUUCUGGAAAAUUCAUCCUAGGAGAAGAGAACUUAGGUCCUUGGAAGAAUGAGAUACUGGAGAGUGCUGAGGGCCCAGGAUCUGCAAAUAACGACUCUCAACCCCCACUUGUGUUGGCAGCAAAUAGAACAAAGCGUCCAGAUAUUCUUCAUGGGUUUAGGGUGUAUGAAGCGGGCUGGGACUUUACUAAUCGGAAUUACUGGGCUUCUGUUGGAUUUACUGGUGCAACUGGUUUCAUUCUUUCCAUCUUUUGGUUCAUUUCCUUUGGCAUUGCUCUUCUUGUUCACCAUUGCUGCGGAUGGAAGAUAAACCUUAAAGGCGAAGAAUCAAAGGCUUCACAGUGGGUCUGCCUAGCAUUACUUGUUGUUUUCACAUGCGCUGCCACCAUUGGCUGUAUCCUUCUAUCUAUUGGACAGAAUAAUUUUUACAAUGAAGCUAUGAAUACUUUGAAGUAUGUUGUAAACCAGUCAGACUACACCGUGGACACGCUUAAAAAUGUUACAGAGUAUCUCUCACUUGCAAAGACCAUUAAUGUGGCACAGGUGUUCCUUCCAUUCGAUGUAAUGAAUGAAAUUGACGAGUUAAAUGUGAAUUUAAAUACUGCUGCGGAUACAGUGGCAGAGAAGACAACUACAAACUCUCACAAAAUAAAGAGAGUUUUCAUUGCUGUCCGUUCAGCAUUAAUUACUGUUGCCGCGCUCAUGCUUCUCCUGGCUUUGAUUGGCCUUUUUCUAUCCUUCUUUGGGUAUCAACAUGCAAUUUAUAUAUUAAUAAUCAGUGGUUGGCUACUUGUUGCAUUUACAUUUGUUCUUUGUGGACUGUUUGUAAUCCUUGACAAUGCUGUUUCUGAUACAUGUAUGGCAAUGGAAGAAUGGGUGGAUCAUCCACAUGCGGAAACAGCUCUUAGCAAUAUCCUUCCAUGUGUUGACCACAGAACCACAAACCAGACACUGAUCCAGAGUAAAAAGAUUGUCAACGACAUUGUGGGCGUCGUCGAUCAAUUUGUCUACAACUUUGCCAAUGCAAAUCCACCCCCAGGAUCUCCCAACUAUCGCAACCAGUCCGGACCUCAAAUGCCAGCUCUCUGUUACCCGUAUAAUUCUCAGCUGCAAGAAAGUAGAUGUGGUGAUAACGACGUGACUAUUGAGAAUGCAGCAACGGUUUGGCAGAAGUUUGUGUGUCAAGCAUCGGAAUCUGGAGUGUGCACCACGGUCGGGAGGGUGCCACCGGACUUCUAUGCAGAGCUGGUGGCUGCAGUGAAUGAGAGUUAUGCACUUCAGCAUUACACUCCCCCUUUGCUCAGCUUCCAGAACUGCAAUUUUGUAAGGGACACAUUUCACAACAUCACCACAGCUUACUGUCCUCAUCUUCACCAUCAUCUCAAGAUGGUGAAUAUUGGACUUGCAAUGGUUUCAGUUGGAAUAUUACUCUGUCUCUUGCUAUGGAUACUAUAUGCAAACCACCCCCAAUGGGAGGAAGUGUCUGCCAAGCUAUCCUUGUCGAUAAACCGCAGGAGAAAUGCCAACCGAAAUACUAAUGAAACAGGUGGAAACGAUGAACCAACCUCAUCAAGCAUCAGGAGAAAUGCCAACCAAAAUACUAACAGAACAGGUGGAACCGAUGAAUCCACCACAUCGCGCAUCACAAGUGUAGUUUAGAGAAGAAGUAGAGAAGAAAAAAAAAAAAGAUAAAGAAACCUGGUUAAAAGCUUAAGUUUCCUUUUCAAAUGUUACGGUUAAGUAGCUAUAUACAUAUAUAAGUAUACCACUCCCUUUCGAGGGAUGAAACCAAGAUGGCGCAAAGCGCCAUUUUGUGUUUGAAUAUAUGUCAUUUCUAGUACAUAAUCAAAGCAAAAUUUUGGGUCCA